AUGCAUCCAUCCUCCCUCUCACAUAAUGGUCACUUAGGACUCCGGAUCGGGCCUAAGCAUCAAGUGGGGCCUACGCCGCCGAAUAAACGUUCAAGAUUCUCUCGGAAAGGCAUAUAUGCGUUUGCGCGUCAUAAACAAACUGGUGCGAUCAUACCAGCACUAAUGCACCGGAUCCCAUCAGAACUCCGCAGCUGGGAGACCGUGAGGCCGUAUGCUGCCACCAACCACUUUUCGUGA